AUGCUUCCUCCACAGCGCCUGGCUCAUGGUGCAGCACCUGCCAGCGUUGCCGCGGGCGCUUCAACACUGUGCUCGGGAAGCUGUGGAGCAAGGAGUUCCAGAGAGUGGACUCCCAGGGUUGGAGGCCCUAUGGGCAUUGCUGGAUUAGGCCUGGCCUGUGGAUUCUCAACAAGGCGCAGCACCUGUUCGCGCCGCACGGCGCGGGGAUUGAAGGUGGUGCGCAAUGCCACCGAGUCACUGGAUCGGUCCUACCUGAACUUCACGGGCUUUCCUUUCCCGCUUGGCCCGGUCUUCGCCCGUCGCACUGUUCGAACACAGAUCGGCGAUGGCAUGUGGACCUUCGAGCAGGAACAGAAGCUGGCGAACAUCGCGGUGAACGUUCGAAUGACAGCCAUCAAGUUGGAAGAUGGCAGCUUGUGGGUCCACAACCCUGUGGCCCCAACGGAAGAGUGCAAUGCUCUGCUAAGGGAGUUGGAUCUUCCAGUGAAAUACAUCGUGCUGGGUAGCGCACAGUACGAACAUAAGAUUUUCGUGGCGCCCUUUGCCCGACGUUGGCCGGAUGCCAAGGUGUACACGGUACAGCAAUGGUCCUGGCCCCUGGAUCUGCCCAGCGCCUUCUAUGGCAUCUUUGCCACAGAGCUGAAGGACGGAGAGGACACGCCAUGGUCUUCAGAGAUCGACAAACAGCUGCUGUGUCCCAAGGACCGACUGGGUCUGGGAUAUAGCGCAUCUGAGUGUGCCUUCUUCCAUCGAAGGUCAAAGACGUUGAUUUGCACGGACGCCCUGGUCUAUGUCCCGGAGGAUCCACCUGCAGUGCUGGACAAGGAUGAGCUUAAAGGGCUGGGGCGGACGGCGAAUAACUUCAUUUUGGACCUGGUGGCCUUCGUAAAUUGGCGUGGCAGCGGCGACGUUGUGCGCAAGGCCAUCGCGGAGGAGUCCGGCGGGCCGAGCCCUUCCGAUGCGGCGCUGCUGAGGAAGGGCUGGCAACGAGACGCGCUGUUGUCGUUGUACUUCGGUCCCGAUGGGGGUAGCAUCGUGGAACCAUCGCAGGCCUUCAGAUCCAUUGCUGGCCGCUGGAUUGUGGGGCCCGUUUGCUACUCCUUGGUCUACGGGGGAAAGAUCCGCGAAGACGUGAAGGAGUGGUCUGAACGUCUCUGCGAGUGGGAUGUGCAGCAGAUUCUGCCGGGACACUUCGCGGGACCUGUGGGUGGAAAUCCUGACGACAUCCGGCGAGCCUUCGAAGUCUUGGGAGAGAACGUGGAGGCCACAGAGCCUCCGGACUUCGCCCUGCCCUGGCCCUUUCCGCAGCCCGUGCGCUACCCGGCAGAGGACUUGAAGCUGCUCACUGACAUCCGAGGCGCCCUGCGGGCGUUGAACGUGAUUUAG